GCAUCUGGCUAAUGGUAGUAGGAGUUAAUGUCGAACAUCAUCGCAGUUUGUUCAUGAUUUUUAGCGACAUACAUGAAUAAACUAAGCACACUAUACCAGGCUUUCAAAUGGUAUGCAAAGAAAACAGCCGCGAUGUAAAAUAUCCAUAAUGGAGCACAAUUGCUGUGCCCCUGAUCGUGGCCUGUCUAUAACUACCAGCAGUUGGGUGUCCAAACUUCUUCCGCAUUUUCCUACGACUUUCGGGCUGUGACGUGAGUGCUGACGGCGGCCUUGGUGCUGGCGGAGCUGGGGGCUGUAGCGAUCAUCAGUGGAGCUUCGAAAGUCUCGGCCCCUCCCUCCCUGCGCCUCAGCGGCCCGCCCAGCUAGCACAAACUCCCGAUUGAAUCCUGCCCGAGCCUGGGGAAACCGGACGGCCUGGAAAUCGUGAGAGGCCAACCUGUACUACAUAAUCUGUGCUGCAGUGACAAAUGAGGUGUAAGGACAAUGGAUGAGGAUGAGACAAGGCUUGCACUCCAUUCCCAGGAUCCUAAAAUCAUUCUCCAUGGGUCAGAUGAGGGUGGUGCUGGAGGGGAGGAGUUUGUGGUGGAGCUGCAGGAGACGGUGCUUGUGUCGGAGGGGGAGGGGGAGGGAAUGGCGGUGCAUGGGUUCGCUCCAGAGGAGCUGGUGAUCCAGGAUGCGGUUGAAGACGUGGUGUCUGAGUAUGUGCACUGCGACGAGGACGAGGAGGUUGCUGUGGAGACAUGUGUGAUGUCGCUGGAGGGGGAGGACGAAGGCGUUGCCAUGGGGGACAUGGCUGAGGAUGAGAUGGUGGCAGACGGGCAUGCCCAGGAUGAACUGGACCCAGAGCAAGACACAGAUGGCUGUGGGGACUACCUCAUGAUCUCCUUGGAUGAGGCAGGCAAGAUGGUGUCAGACGACGGCACAGAGGUGACUGUGGAGGGAGCCGUGGAGGACCAGGUGGAGAAGGACGAGGAUGGCCAGGAGGUGAUCAAGGUGUAUAUCUUCAAGGCAGACUCUGGGGAGGAUGACCUGGGAGAAACGGAGGACGCGGCACUGACGGACUCUACAGGCCGAACGCUCCGAGAGAAGAUGGUGUACAUGUCUCAGGGGGACCAUGGUGCAUCAAAGAUAUCUGAUGAGGUUUAUAUGGAGGUGGUGGUGGGGGGUGAGGAGCCAGUGACCCAUGAGCGGUCUUACGAUGGCACGGCUCUCAGUAAGGACUUCAUGCCUGUGGCUUGGGCAGCCGCUUAUGGUUCUGAGGACAGUGAAAGCUGUGAGAACCGGAACGGUGCCGCCAGUGCUCUGCUGCACAUUGACGAGUCAGACGGAGUGGACAAGGUCAGCAGGCAACGGAACAAGAAUAAGAGAACAAGGGCUGAGCCUCGCCAGGUCCAGACAGCCAUCAUUAUUGGUCCGUAUGGCCAGCCUCUGACCGUGUACCCCUGCAUGCUCUGUGGCAAGAAGUUCAAGUCGCGAGGCUUCCUGAAACGCCACACCAAAAACCACCACCAGGAUGUCCUGACCAGGAAAAAGUACCAGUGCACGGACUGUGACUUCACCACCAACAAGAAGGCCAGCCUUCAUAACCACAUGGAGGGGCACACGCUGAGCAGCAAGGGUCUGUUUGAGUGUGAGGUGUGUGGCAAGGAGUUCCACCAGCAGGCGGUGCUCUUCUCGCAUCGAUUGCAGCACCACCACCGUGAGCCCAAGAGUCCGGUGCCUUCACAGGCCAACAAGAUGCACAAGUGUAAGUUCUGUGACUACGAGACGGCUGAACAAGGUCUGCUCAACCGCCACUUGCUGGCUGUCCAUAGUAAGAGCUUCCCCCACAUCUGUGUGGAAUGUGGCAAGGGCUUCCGGCACCCCUCCGAGCUGAAGAAACACAUGCGCACGCACACCGGCGAGAAGCCUUACUCUUGCCUCUACUGCGACUACAAGUCGGCUGAUUCCUCCAACCUGAAGACUCAUGUCAAGACCAAGCACAGCAAAGAGAUGCCCUUCAAGUGUGAGCGCUGCUUCCAAACGUUUGCUGAGGAGGAGGAGUUGCUGCAGCACGGGCUGACGCACGAGGAGGCCAAAACCCACCUGUGUGCCCACUGUGAACACAAGAGCUCCAACUCCAGUGACCUGAAGCGCCACAUCAUAUCGGUGCACACCAAGGACUACCCCCACAAAUGUGCCGUCUGCGAUAAAGGCUUUCACCGGCCGUCUGAACUGAAGAAGCACUCUGCGUCGCACCGUGCCAAGAAACUGCACCAGUGCCGACACUGUAACUUCAAGAUCGCGGACCCCUUUGUGCUCAGUCGCCAUAUCCUGUCGGUUCACACCAAGGAGCAACAGGCCUCUCCUGAAAAGAACGGGCCCAAAAGGACCUUAUUGGGGCCUUCACCUGCCAGUCCACCGGUGGCAAGGAAGCAGGUGUUGGUACCUGGUGCUAGUUCUAGUGCUGCGGGCAUGGCCAAGGGGCCCAGGGAGAGGAGGGUGUACCAGUGUCAGUACUGUGACUACAGCUCUGGGGAUGCCUCGGGCUUCAAGCGCCAUGUGAUCUCCAUCCACACAAAAGACUACCCCCACCGCUGUGAGAUCUGCUCUAAAGGCUUCCGCAGGCCCUCGGAGAAGAGCCAGCAUAUCGCACGCCACCACAAGGACUUAGUGCAGGCAGAGUGACCCUGGCACAACCUACCCCUCAUACCACAACAAAAACACAGAUGGAACCACUACCACACCGUAAUCAAUUGUAUGUAUGUGUGUAUACUGAACAAAAAUAUAUAAAUGCAACAAUUUCAAAAUUUUUACUGAGUUAAAGUUCAUAUAAGGAAAUCAGUCACUUGAAAUAAAUUAGGGCCUAAUCUAUGGAAAUUAAUAAGGCCCUAAUCUAUGGAUUUUACAUGACUGAAAAUACAAAUAUGCAUCUGUUGGUCACAGAUACCUUAAGAGUAGGGGCAUGGAUCAGAAAACCAGUCAGUAUCUGGUGUGAGACCACCAUUUGUCUCAUGCAGCGCGACACAUCUUCUUCGGAUCUCGCAAUGGUAUCUCUGCAUUCAAAUUGCAAUUGAUAAAAUGCAAUUUGGUGUUCAUUGUCUGCAGCUUAUGUCUGCCCAUACCAUUACCAUGGGGCACUGUUCACAAUGUUGACAUCUGCAAACCACCCGCCCACACGACGCCAUUCACAUGGUCUACGGUUGUGAGGCUUGUUGGACAUACUGCCAAAUAAUUUAAAAGAAAGUUGGAGACAGCUUAUGGUAGAGAAUUGAACAUUAAAUUUUCUGGGAACAGCUCUGGUGGACAUUCCUGCAGUCAGCAUGCCAAUUACACGCUCCCUCGAAACUUGAGACAUCUGUUGUGUGACAAAACGUCCCAUUUUAGAGUGGCCUUUAUUGUCCCCAGCAGAAGGGGCACCUGUGUAAUGAUCAUGCUGUUUAAUCAGCUUCUUGAUAUGCCGCAGGUGGAUGGAUUAUCUUUGCAAAUGAGAAAUGCUCACUAACAAGGAUGGUGACAAAUUUGUGCACAAAAUGUGAGAGAAAUAAGCUUUUUGUGCGAAUGGAACAUUUCUUUUGACUUUCAAUUCAGUUCAUGAAACAUGGGACCAACACUUUUCAUGUUGUUUAUAUUUUUGUUCAGGGUGUGUCUGUCUGUUCGCUGCAUUAACAUGGAACAUCUUCUGUUAUAAUUACCCCAGAGACUUUCAAGCUAACUUUUCUGCAACUGAAAAUGAAUAUAAGUGUACAUAUACCUGGGUAAGGCCUAUGGAAUCAGGUGACAAAGCCCUGUACAUACUUGCACUUUGUCUGCAUGUCCCCCUGCUGGUGAAAGUGUGCAUUGUAGGAUGUGCAAGAGUCUGAGGUCUUUGUAGAUUCAUACAUUAGUUUUUACUCCACAGCCAACAGUCCAGUUAUUAAAGUAGCAACUUUUAAUCCUACUUUUACUUGUUGACACAACUAAGACAAAAUGUAAUCUACAAGCUGUAUUCACACAAUGAAAUGGACAUUCACCUGCUGUGAAAAAGCAGGUCCACUGUGCAGACUGGUCGAGAUGAACUCUUAUUCGAAUAGCACUUGCCAAUAUAUUUAAUGAACUAUGAAUGCAGUAAUCAUGAACUUGUGAAUUACACCUGAUGCUUUGAAUGCUGAGACACUGAGAGAAUGUGUUUUUUAUGUGGUUGAGUGCCAGUUGUGAGGAAUGUGUCAGUUACGACACAUUGCUGUAGUGUCUCUAUACCCUAUGCCAGUCCUGCCUACUUCCUGGUUCAAGUCCCGUACUGUUUUUGAAUGGGCGUCAAGCUUAUAUCAUCAAAUUCAUGAAAAUGUGUUAAUUUCAAUUUGAAAAAAUUGUCACAUAUUUGUAUCCGUGGAUUAAUUCACCUCCAAUGGAUUUUUUAAAUUUUUUAUUACGGAAUAUUAAAAUGCAAUUGGAAACCCUAUUAAAGGCAUCGGGUAUAAGUAAAUUUGACAUGUCUUAAAUAACCACAUUUUCAUGAAUUUGAUCAUGUAAGCUUGAUCCCUAUUCAAAAAACAGGACUUGAACUAGGUAAUAGGCGGGACUUUCAUAGCGUGUUGUGCUUCGUGGUGCUCUGACCCCACAUCUCCAUGUCAUCAUAUCUUUGUUGCUUUGAGAAUUGUCUGUCUGGUCAUGGACAAUGCCUGAAGAAGGAGUUGACUGCAUCAUAGCAAAUAGCCAUGUCCAUUGUAAAAGUUUCUUGCAGUUGAUUCACUUCUUUACACAAAAUGAGAUACUAGAUGUGGUUGUUUUUCCCCAUGGGGGUGGGGGGAAUCUAACAGGUAAGCAGUAUCAUUUAGAACCAACCCCUAAACCCAUCUUCAUACAGUUUAUUUAACCCCUAAUAAGCUUGAUUAUCAGACACCUGAAAUAGGAUGUAGCGCCAGCAAGGCCUUCAGAGUUAGAUUGCACUAGAUCUGGUACCACAGACUCAUGACCACAACAUACUUCCUUUCCCCAAACACACAUCUACUUAUGCCAGUGGCCAGGGAGAGGCGUUAGUCCCCUGAGGAGAAAUACAACUUGUAAAGACUGGUGGUAUAUUUGUACUCGCUUCGACAGUUCCUUCCCCUGUGAUCCUUUUUGUUUUUAUAUUUAUUUCAUCAUGAACUUUGUAUAAUUCAGUGUAACUAGAAUUCUAUAGGAGGUAAAUUAUUGUUUUGUACACAUUUGUAAAUAAAGUGUGUAGAUGUAAACCCUUAACAAAA